UAGAAUUACGUGUUCUGGGGACUGAUGUUUCUGUGAGCCAAUAGGAGCCUCGCUAACUCAGAAAGGCGGAAACCAGAACGAUUGAAGAUGUCUGACAACGCAGAGUCUCCAACUGAAACGCAAAAAGAGGAGUCACAGUCACCGCCAGACGACUCGACGACGAGUGAGGAGAAGAAAAAAAUUGAUGUGCUGUUGAAAGCGGUGGGAGACACUCCGAUAAUGAAAACAAAGAAAUGGGCAGUGGACAGGGGAAGGACGGUACAGUCUCUUUCUCAGUUCAUCGCUCGCUUCCUCAAGUUUGAUGCCAGUGAACAACUGUUCAUCUAUGUUAACCAAUCUUUUGCUCCCUCACCGGAUCAAGAAGUAGGGGUUCUUUUUGAUUGUUUUGGCAGUGAUGGCAAGCUGGUUCUACAUUACUGUAAAUCUCAAGCCUGGGGCUAACUGCUUCCUACACCUCCAUUUGGGACUCCUUUUCUUAAAUUCAUCCUCCAAGCUUGCACAUAAUGUUGCUUUUGCUUCUUUGCAAUUUGUUUUCUUUAAGUUUUUAUGUAUAUACAUAUUGUAAAUAAAUUAUUGUGACUAUAUAAAGA